UGUAUUCGCUGUCGAAUUGGCCUUAUUCGUCGUGUUGUGAGGUUUUCCCAUUACAGACCACGUGUCAUUCCCUAGAAAAAGUAAAAGAUUCUUUGUUUGAGUUGUAUCCAUAUUCAUGUGUCUUCAUGUGUCUUCUUGUGUGCAAAUGACAAGUGGUCGGUAAUGGGAAAACGUUGCACCAAGACUAAUAAAGUGUAUUGGUCGAAACCAUUAACUGCGAUUAAGCAUUAGAGACGAUUAAUGGAUGAUGUUAAUGACUAUGAAAGCUAUCCUAAUUUUUGCCGUUUUUGCAGCUGUGAAUGCUUGCUCAAAUGACAACCCAUGUCUCUAUUAUGGUACAUGCGUGAUGUCACGUAACACAAGUUCUUGUCAAUGCCAACCAGGUUUUACUGGAGCUCUCUGCGAAAACAAACUCGGAAAUCUUGUUGUUUGCGGAACCUAUACCAGACGUAGUUUUACCUCAAAAAAUCGACCCCUGAGUUCAUUGAUGGAAACUUCUUUGAGACUAGCAACUUGUACAGGAGAUACGAAGUGUUUUAAUUGGAAAUAUAGAGGAAAUGUGAAAAAACCUCAAGAAUCGUACAGUGUUGACGUGUCGGAGCGGCGCUGUAUCAAGGCAUCAUACUGCAGCCAGGCAUGUACUCUUAUCGCAGAUAGGCAAGCAGUAUCAAGAGGUAUAAAUAUAACGUCAUGCAAUAGUUCCUGCUGUGAUGGAGAUUUCUGCAACGCCAUAGAAUUGUUCAUCAACAGAACUUUAGUUGUGAGUCCAUGUGAAUCAAGCCCAUGUCUCAACGGCGCCACAUGCAAAUACGCUAACCGGAACUACACUUGUGUUUGUCAAGCCAGUUUUACAGGAAGUCACUGCGAAAGUUAUGUUCCUGUUUGUCAAUCUAGCCCUUGCGCGAACAAUGCAACCUGCGUGGACAUUAAUGGAAAUUACAGCUGUGUCUGUCCAGCCCUUCGCACAGGAAGAAACUGCGACAUACAUAUUGCUCAUCCUUUAUCUGUAUGUCAGCCUAACCCAUGUGAGAUCAAUGCAACCUGCAUACACGACAAUGGAAACUACUCAUGUGUCUAUUCAGUGCAUGCUAAACAAAGUUGUGAAAUUGGUUUAAUGCACAAUGCACUUCGAUAUAUCGUGGGGGCACUAUUGGUAGUUAUCAUAGCAUUACUACUAUGCAUCAUGCUCUUAUCCCUACGUCUGCGAAAGAAAAAUCGACUGAAUCCUAAGGAAGAUAUUGAGCACCAUUAUGACGACACUAAUCCGUCAGACAUCCCAAGGAACGCCACCAGUGAAAUAGCCAUGUCUACAGUCACUCAAAAGACUGAAAACACUAGUCACCACACUAGUCCGUCUGACCUCCCAAGUCAGUCCACUACCAAAAAAUCCACGUCUAUAGUCACUCAAAAGACGGCAGACAAUGCUCAACCAGAUAAGUCGUUUUACAUGGAUUUAAAGCCAAGACAGGACAAGAACACGGUCUAUCAGGCGCUCGAAGUCUACGCAAAUGAAAAUUUACCUAUAAGAGAAACGGGGGCUAAUACCCAAGGGUUGAACACGGAUGAGAAGUACAUGGACCUAAAACCAAGGCAAAACGUCCAUUAUGAGAAACUAAGUCCCAAAGAAACUACUCCAGCUGAAGGCUACGAGGAUAUGUCAUGCUGAUCGUCCUAUGUAAAUGCAUAUGGUGCAUACUUUCAAGGGCGGAUACAAUAGUUUUUGAGUUUGGAUAUGAGGGGGAGGGGAGGGUGUUCAAAUCUGCUAAUCAAAAUCCCG